CGUCCAAAGCACGUGACCAGCUGUGUUUACAUCCUGUCAGCUGUUCUUUCCUCCACUUGGACCCAAGCACUCGUCCGCUUAACUCUUCUUUUCAUUUUUUCACCCCAAACACAACAAAGAAGAAAAACUGUUUGAUCAGAGCUGGAAAUCUUGAUAAAAUCCUCCAUGAGGCGCCGCACUGCACCCAAAGGCGAGCAGUGACUUGAUGCGACACGACAUUGUUGUCACCUUCAGCCUGGAGAUGACAGCCUUGUGACACCAGAGGCGGGAUAUUUCGGCCAACAAUUCCAAUGCCUCAUUGAAGACAUUUUGAACAGUCUUUCUCUUCUGGUCCUGCUUGAUUUUUAUUUUUUACUUUUUGACCAGUCGGCAUGGGGGGAGCAGUGAGUGCCGGGGAGGACAACGACGACCUCAUCGAUAACCUAAAAGAGGCGCAGUACAUCCGCACAGAAAGAGUGGAGCAGGCAUUCCGAGCCAUAGACCGUGGUGACUAUUAUCUGGACAGCUAUCGGGACAGCGCUUACAAGGACUUGGCGUGGAAACAUGGCAACAUACACCUGUCAGCUCCAUGCAUUUACUCUGAAGUGAUGGAGGCCCUCAAGCUGCAGCCAGGACUUUCUUUUCUCAACCUGGGCAGUGGGACAGGCUACCUGAGCACCAUGGUGGGCCUCAUCAUUGGUCCGUUUGGUGUGAACCACGGUGUGGAGCUCCACAAGGACGUGGUUGAAUACGCCAGAGACAAACUGGACAGUUUCAUCAAGAACAGCGACAGCUUUGAUAAGUUUGAAUUCUGCGAGCCCGUCUUUGUGGUGGGCAACUGCUUGGAAAUCUCCACAGACAGCCACCAGUACGAUCGCAUUUACUGCGGGGCGGGGGUGCAGAAAGACCAUGAAAAUUACAUGAAAGUGCUGCUGAAAAUCGGCGGCAUUCUGGUGAUGCCUAUAGAGGACCAGCUGACCCAGAUCACCAGGACUGGCCAGUGCACUUGGGAGAGCAAGAACAUCUUGGCCGUGUCCUUUGCCCCCUUGGCCCAGCAGAGCAGAGCUGAUGGGGACAAGCCUGACACUGUCCAGUUGCCCCCAGUGACAGUGCGCACCCUGCAGGAUCUGUCCCGCAUCUACAUCCGCCGCACCCUCAGAGACCUGGCCGGAGGAGGCGAAGAGGGCCAGGUCAGAGGGGUGGUCCAACGGGUCCCGCAGAAGCGCAAACGGCGGCACUGCAGACGGCGCCGUAUCAACACCUACGUCUUCGUGGGCAACCAGCUCAUCCCCCAAAUGGUAGAGAGCGAGGAGGAGCACGGCGAGGAAGAGCACAAGGAAGCCGAGGAGGAGGACAAGGAGGAGAGAGACGCUGGCGACAUUGAGAUCCUCAAGCAGACGAACAUGUUUAGAGACCAAAUCAUGGCUCUGCCGCUACCGGAGUCCCUCAAAGAAUAUUUACUCUACUACAGGAAGAAAUGACUAUUGCCCCCCUUUGUUGUUCUCCAGUACAAAUGUAGCAUUAUUUCCACCACAUCUUGAUGCCAAAACUGUACGGGACAGCUGCAUCACAGAUCAUAAUGGAUAAUAAUGUUAUCAUUGUCCUUUGUAUAGGUUGCUUUCUUUUGAUUUUGUACAUAAAAUAAUGAUGGAUAAUGUACACAAAUGAAGAUUUUUUUUCAGUUUGAUCACACCAAGAUGUCUGCAGACUAAAGCAAGAUGUGUACAGUGGAACCUGUAAAGUGGAACAUGCUGGUUGAAUAGUUCUAAUUUCUAAAAAAAAAUGUUUCCCAAUGGGUCAAUUUAAAAACUUUAUUAACUGUACAGACGUUGUUUAAGUACCAUUUUAUAUAAGACUAAAUAAAACACAAAAAAAUGUAAAACUACUCAUCCUUUGAAGACGCUUGACAGUAUGACCGUAUGAGAGGUGUUUGCAGAGCGAUACUGUCACCUAGUGGCGUUUUAUAGGUAUUGCUGUACACAGGAUGCAAGUCAUACCCACUUACCAGUUCUAUGGUUCAAAGUUAUUAUUUAAAACAUUUUUUCCCAUAAGUCAUAUGUGAAGUGAGUUUGUUUCUGACCAGUUAAAAGCUAUAUAGUACGGCUAAAGAAAACUACAAUAAAGUAAAACUACUCACCCUUUGAAGAUACCUGAUGGUAUAAUAUAUAUAUAUAUAAUGUGAAUGUAAUGUGAGUUAGUUAUUUUUGACCAGUCAAAUGCUAUUUAAUGAGACUAAAAUAAAGUAAAACCUCUCCCUUUGAAGACGCCUGAGCGAAUGAAAGAUAGGGAUGGUGUUUGCGGAGGUACUGCUGGGAUUAAUGGGUGUACUUACAUUAGCAUCUGCUUGGUAAAAUACUAGAUACAGGAUGUAAUUGAUAGCCAUGUCACAUUUUCUGUCACAUCGGCAUUGUUGACUUUUGAGGCACUUUUCCCAAAGACGAAGUCCAAAUUGUACCACUUUUGAGGUGUUCCGUUUUUGUAGGUUCCACUGUGUGUGGCAAUGCAGCCAUCUUGAAGCUUUAACCUUCUUUCCCCUUCAGAAACAAGCUAAUUCAUAAUGAAGCCGAGUGGGUGGGGGGCACUUGGUGGGUUUUUCUACCUUCCUUUCGUAAGAGAGACCAUGACACGGUGUCAUAAACUUUUUCUACGGGGCACCUUUUAACAACUUUUUCUACAAGGAGCUGUGUGUUGUUGUUUUUUUUACUUGAUGUGGUAUGCAUUGGAGCAAGACAACAAUGAAAUAAUCCAAGUGUUGAUAAUGCAUGAAAAUCUCGCCAGUGUCUUGACUGGCUGGGUUAUUUUAAAACAAAAUAUGUAUUAUAUGAAUCGAUUAAAAAGGCCUACCGGUAAUUGAGACUAAUGUAAAGUGGUAUUACUUAGCUUUUGUAUUGAAAGCAAUGCAAAAUGCCUUUUUUAAUGUAAAAGUAAACAAAGCACCUUACUGUGUGAACAUUUGUGCUGCAGAUUGAACUUGGAUUAUAGAAUCUGCAGACCUUUCCUGUUACAGGUAUAUUAUUAUUAUUAUUAUUAUUAGUGGUGGCGUUUUUAAGUGCCAACGUCACAUUUUAGGAAGAACAUUCCAGCAGUUUGUGGUCACAUACUGUAUAUCUUUCUUUGAAUGCAUUAUUUAGCGGUUAAAAAAGCUGAGGUGUAUGUUUGUCAAAAAACCAACAUGGAUAUACAGUAGUAUACAGUUUUAUUUUGGGUUUGUUGUAGCACCUUCUUGCUGUACUGUAACUUCACACUGGCAACUGUGUACACCAAAACUCCACUGCUGUCUGUUCAAUAGAGAAAUAUAUUUAGUGUUAGAAAUGUUCAUUUUCUCUGCAUAUGAUGAUGACAAAUACUUUGAUUUUGGGGGAAAUUAUUAGUUUGUGUGUGAUGAUGUGACAUUUACGUUCUGUAUUUUUACUUUGAAAUCAGAAUGCCUUUAAGUGAGCAAGGAGGAAAAAUGUCAUUAAAAAAAAAGUAGCCCUCAUUUUAUUUUCAUUGCGGCUAUUAAAUGACCAAUAAUAGACAUGUAUUUUAUAGUACAGUGGAACCUCCAAAGUCGAAAAUAUUUUAGGGCUAGCUCUUUGGGGGCUGGUCUUGGUUCUUCCCGUCCCUGUGGGCCCGGUGGUUCUCUGGUGGUGGGGGCUCGGCCUGGCUCUAUGGGGCGGUGCUUGCUGGGUGGUGGGAGGCAGUCCCUCUCCUUUCAUGCAUUCUCAGAGACAAUGAGCGCAUUUAUGUACAUGCACACAUACAGAGAUACCUGUACACGCGUACAUAUACACACUCACAGUACAUACGUACACCGAGUUAAGCAGGGUGUUAUUAUGUUGUUGGUUUUAUUACAGUGAUGUCGGCAAUAUGAUUAGAAUUAUUACAAUUGUGUGCAUUACAGUUAUUGUCAUUCUGUUAACUAUCAUAGUUAAUAAUUUGAUUACUACUAAUAUGUAUGACUGUUUCAAUGCAGUAUUAUCACUGUGGUUGUUGAUAUUUUGUCCUCUCCGUCAUGGGAUUUAUGGCCGUCACAGACAUUUGCUGAUGUAGUCCUGGUUGUUUCUGUUGUUUUGUUAUUGUUGCCGCAAUUGUUGUUCUUGCUGUUGUUCUUGUCUCUCUCUGUCUUGUCCCCCCUCCCCUCUGGUCCCCACACUCCCCCUCUGUUUACUUUUCUCUUCUUCUCUAUCCCCUCCUGCUCCGGGCGCUCCAAAUUUGCAUGACAACAAAACGCAAGGGCAUUUAGAUCAACAAUACUAUCUGCCCUAAUGGCUGGACAGGACAGAAAUUACUCACCCUAACAGACGCCUCAUGGAGAGGUAGCAGAAAGAGUGAUACUGUCAUCUAGUGGCCAUUUAUAGGUAUUGCUACAGUGUGUUGAUAUGUCAUGUUUAAUUAGUGUAUUGCUGAGGCACUUUUCCUCUUUGCCAUCACUAGCACCCUGCUGUGUGUGCGCCUCACCCCCCAAAAAAGGAAAAAUCGAAUAUGUGGAGUUAAUCCUUGAUUACUAACUUUUGCAAACAUACAGGGUGUUUGACUUUGGAGGUUCCUCUGUAUUAUCUACAAUUUCUUAUUAGCCAAUCAGAUGGCAUGUUAAAGCGAACUUUGACCCUCAGUCUUUGGUCACACGCCGACGUCUGUCUAGCCAAUGACUCGCAAGCAAUUCUGGUUAGACGAGCCCAAACAAAUUGUGUUGCCGUUGGAUUCCUCCUGCAGCGUGCAGUUCAUUUAGAAAAUGGUGUUGUUUCUCUGUGGAUGUUUGGCACAAAAAUAAAAAGGUCACAAUCACAAA